AUGCAGAUAUACAAUCUAAACGGAAAAGUCUUCGCGACUGUCCUGGUUGUUAUCGCAUUGAUUAACUUUUAUCAUUUAUGGCUCGGAAAGCGAGAUUUCAGCCCUAUAGCACUUGCAACACUCCCAGAUCGCCAAGCGCAACUCCGACAUAACCUCUACUCUUUGCUUGAGAAAUAUGCACCGCAAUGUCCUUCUCCCGAGUUAGGUCGCUCGGCCGGAAUGCCGCGAUUCGAUGCACUCGAUGACCCUCCGCGAAGGAAUUACAUCGAUAAUGCCGAUGAGCUGCUACAGCCCAUGCAGACGGCGCACGAUGGGUUUGUGAGGGAGAUCCGGAAGUCCUGGACUGGUCAUCCUUAUAUCGUUGGAACGAAGGGUAUCGUUUCCGCUGCUGGGGGGACAUACAUGCCCACAUUUGUCGUGACUCUACGGAUUCUCCGACGAACUGGUUGCCAAUUACCAGUAGAGCUCUUCGUUAAAGACCCAACCGAGUACGAGCCGCAUAUCUGCGAAACCGUCCUUCCAGCCCUCAACGCAAAAUGCAUCGUCCUCUCCGAGAUUAUGACUCCAAACCCGAAUGAUGCAACAAACACCACAAUCACAAUCGAGCAUUUCCAAAUCAAAUCCUUCGCCCUCCUUUUCUCCUCCUUCGACAACAUCAUCUGGCUUGACGCAGAUAACCUUUCCCUCCACGAUCCCACAACACUCCUCUCAUCAAAGCCCUUCGCAUCAACCGGCCUCCUCACCUGGCCUGACUUCUGGGCUUCGACCAUCUCCCCGCUGUACUUUAAUAUCUCCCGACAACCGGAAUUCCCAACAAAUACCCGCGCAUCAACCGAGGCAGGCAUGUUACUAGUCUCUAAAAGAACCCAUUUCCCAACAUUGCUGCUGGCAGCAUACUACAACUACCACGGCCCCUCACAUUACUACCAACUUCUCAACCAAGGAGCCCCCGGCGAAGGCGACAAAGACACCUUCCUCCAAGCCGCAAGCGCCCUCGGCGCAAAAUUCCACACAGUCAGCGAACCAGUAGCCGACCUCGGCCGCCCGCAUUAUCCCGACGAUGAAGAUGCAGACGAUGAUAUAGUCGGUUCGGCGAUGUUGCAGGCUGAUCCGAUUGAGGAUUAUGAACUUACCAGCCAUGGGAAAUGGAGGGUGAAAGAUGGGUCUGUUUCUAAGCCUCCACGGGGGUUCUUUGUGCAUGCGUAUAAUCCGGAGUUCAAUCCUGGGGAGGACUUGUUGGGUCUGAAGACGCAUGCUAAGAGUGGGAAUGCGACGAGGGUUUAUACGGGGCCGAAGGCUGCGUUGAGGAGGAUUGGAUAUGAUGCGGAGAGGGGGUUUUGGGAGGAGGCUAGGGAGGUAGCUUGUGAUUUGGAGGGGGUGUUUGAGUCGUGGAGGGAUAAGAAGGGGUUGUGUGACGAUGUUAAGAGGCAUUGGGAGGAUGUUUUUGAGAAUCCGGAUGCAGAGGCGUUGGUGUUUACAGAUUGA